GGUCGUGCAGCCAGUCAGUCAUCCUCCUGCAGCCUCGAUGCUGCUUUAUUCUACAACAGCACAACACAUAAUAUAACAUCAAGCGCGAAACAUGAAAUGGCAGUCAAAGGCAAAGCUGUCGACUCCAAGACCGUGCUCCUCAACCUGCUGCUGUGUCUAUUCAUAUUUUACUCUGUCUUCUACAUGAUUGGGAGUGUGUGCUUUGGUGCCUUCAGGUUGGAUCACUUUGAUGGAAUGAUUCCCUUCGACUUUAAGACCGAACCUGCUGAAUCCAACUCCAAAUACUUGGUGAACCUCCUGUCCUUGGAGCUCACCUACUUUUGCAGUGGCCUUUUGUUUGCUGCGGUUGUGAGAAGACGAGUGUGGGACUACGCCCUCACUGUAACGCUGGUGCACGUGGUGAUCACCAGCCUCGUGAUGUUGGAGUUUCCCAUGGUGUGGCAGUGGUGGCUGGCUUUAGGUAGUGGCUUGUUUCUGAUGAUCUGCAAUGGUCAGCUCAUCGCUUACUUUACCUGCCAGAGUGAACAGAACUACGCCUCCUUCAGCAUCUACUGACGAGACAGAAAAUAACUGUGAUUCAGUUUCAGAACAGUUUCAUUCAAAGUCUAGUGAGGUGGAGUAUGAGGAAUCUGACUACGUCCUGUCACAUUUUCCAUGGUUCUGAACUGUAUCUGUGAGGUACUGGAGAAACACAUCAAACAUAAUGUCAGACUUACGUCCACUUUGUUGUAGUUUUUAUAAUAGAUUUUUCUAGUAAAAUGCCCUAAGGAGAUGUUCUGUGUACAACAUCAGGACUUUACAGCAGCCAGUAAAGUAUUUUCAGCACCGUAUUAUCAAGCUGUGAAUGUAAAAGCUGAAUGGGAAUGUUGCAAUGGAAUGUUGUAAUUCAAAGAUUGAUAUAAAUGUGAAGUGUUGAACAAUGAAA